AUGUCGUGUCAUGAUAUGAUGCUCGCUAAGAAGAAGAGAAGUGCCGCCAGACGUGAAAAAGCUGCUGCUGCUGCUGCUGCCGCGGCCGCUGCAGCUACUAAUGGCGGUGCUAUUGGUUCUACUGGUGCUACUGGUACUAAUGGCAUCAGUGGAACUGGUUUAGAAACCGGGAAUGGCCAUUCGCAUUCGCAUUCGCAUUCUCAUUCUCAUUCUCAUGGCCACUCGCAUUCUCACUCGAACUCGAAUCGCCACUCGCAGAGCUAUAAAAAGAGCUCGCUGUCACAGGCAUUCCCAGAAAUGGGCCGUCUGCCGUCUUCGUCGUCGGUGCAGUCUCUUGACAGUGCCAAGGGCGGCCAUCACAGCAACAGAAUGUCGUAUUUGGCGUAUAAUAAAGACAAAUCGCUGCCGUCGAUUCCUGGCGAAGCUCAUGUAGGUUCGUCAGGUGGGUCUUCGGCGGUUACUACGCCAUCGGCAUCGAAUUCAUCGACUUCAGGACCUCCUCCACCUCCACCUCCAUUUUAUCAGACAAAAGGACAUUCUCAUGGCGGUAGACUGUCGAGCAGUUCGUCCAUGUCGUCUUUGAAGGAUAAAGCUGCUAAUACUAGUACCGGAAGUUCCCGAUCAAAUGGUACUGGCACUGGCCAUGGUCAUACUCAUUCCAAUAGCACAGGAAGUACUCGGUCGAAUACUCGUCCUAUGUCUAUAGCCAGUGCUGCGAGAAGUUCAAAUGAUAAGUCUCCAUCUGGACUCGGUUCAGCUGGGUCUUAUGGAGCAACUGAUUUGGACGAUUAUUUCUCUGCUGCAUCGCCAGACUCUGGAUUUGUCCCGAUAAAACUGGACACUUCGUCACUUCCGCUGUUGAAUCCUCUUGAAAUUACCAGUACCAAUACCAGUCCUAGUCAAGGUGAGUUAACCGGUUUUACUGGUGCCUCGGCCAGUUUUACUGGUGAUUCCACCAGUCUGGGAAGCAGUGUUGGUAGUUCGAGUCAGCAGAAUAGCAAUAAUAAUAGCCUGGCGUCCCCCGAACUCACAAGGAGAAAGCCUGUGGCAACAAGAAACUCAAUGCUUCCUACUAAGUCGUCUUCAUCGAUUUCCAGUGCUGGUACGUUGUCGUCUUCCAGUGCUGUAUCUCCAGAUACUGCAACUCACGGAACUUCUCAAUCACAAUCACUACCACAUUCGCAAUCACAGUCACAAUCGCAAUCGCAAACCACUAGUGUACCAUUAUCUUCACCGUCGCCUGCUGCUGCUUCUCAACAGCUUCUACCUCAACCACUAGACAAACUAUACAAAUCGGUCGAGGGAUAUCAUGAGCCUCCUCAUGAGUCGGUUUCUCCCCGAAACGCCAUUUAUUUAAGCGAUUCUAACCUCCCGUCAAGCUGGUCUUUGGGAGAGUAUACUACUGAUGACACUGAAAACACUGCUACAACGUCCCCAGAAAUCCCCUCGCCAACUGAUUAUGUAGCCAAAUCAAAGAUUGAAGAAGAGCCAUUGCGACAGUCUCGUUCGACCCUUCGUCCUGAAGUCGUGGUACCCGACAGAUCAGCUUUAAGAUCCAUCUCUCCACGACCGCCAAUGGGCGAUUCGUCAGGCAGAACUGCUAGUCCAAGUGCUGUUUUUCGUCAACAACAAAAAAUGAACUCAGACAAUAACAGACCUUCUAGUCCUGCUAGCAACACUGAACUUCCUGUAACACCCAAAUCAUCUGGUGACGAUACUUUUUCAUCCAUAGCAGAUGCUUACGACAAUUCUACACAUACUGUUACCCCUAGAAACAACAUGCCUCCUCGACUGUCGCUGAAUAAACUAUCGCCUGGUGCGUCGCCUGUAUCACCCCCAAGUCUCGCAGCAGUGGCUGCUUCGUCUCCCCUGCUUAAUAUUGGAUUAGAUGGUUAUCCAGCUAUCGACUCGUUUGUUCCAGAUAUCACCUCGCCAAGUUUGGGAUCAGCUAGUUCUCCAAUUGUUGGCCAUAGACGGUCUAUUAGUGACACCCGUCGUCCUACCACUCGACUGCCCCUCGAAGCAGCUGCUAAUAUCACCGCUUCUGAUUCGCCAAUUGUUACACCACCUGUUAUCAUCACUUCCAAUGUCGACAGUCUGACAAGAGAACUAGUUCAAGCAAACAAGCGAAUUGUCGAACUCGAACGAUUGUUAAAAGAGAAAGACGAGGCAGGAGCAGCGGCUGCACCUCAUUUACAAAAUCUCGAGUCCGAUAUUCAGGAGAAACGCAAGACUAUUGCUGGAUUAGAAGCACAUGGUGAAGUAGUACGAAAAGAGAUAUUGGUUCUAGAAAACGCUAAAGACGCUGGCACGGUUGAAUCACAAAGUCAACUUCUCGACGAGUUUACAAGCGAGAUGGCGACAAUGAAAUCUUCACUCAUGGCAGAAAUCACUGAUCUCGUCAUCCAACGAGACAAUCUCAAAGCCGAGACUGCUAAACUGACCCAAAUCAGAGACAAAGCUGUCGAAGAAAGCAGUCUAUUGAACAUUAAAAACUCACAACUGGCUGAUAUGAAUAAUGAACUAUCGAAACAAAUGAUUGAUAAGUUUGGUCCAUAUGCUUUCCCCCAUCAUGGUCAUAAGGCUCCACCUAGUCAUACAGUACGUCGUAAAGAGGUUCCACAAUCACCCUCUCGUAACAUCAAAGUGGAAAUUCCUCCCAAAGACAGCGGUCGAGAUCGUGCACUUGAACGAGAACGAGAACGAGAACGCGAGCGAGAACGGGAAAAGGAACGUGAUAUGGGUUUUGACGAGCCAAUGGUCACAGUUCUUGACGCAGGUCAAGUAGUAGAUACUCGUAAAGACCGAGUUACAGCACGAAAGUUCUGGAAACGUCCUGGAGCUGUUGUUGCCAAGGGACUCAACAAAGUAUUUGCCAACGAUUUUGAAGCAGGACCGGAAUUCUAUGAAGGUCAUAACAACUCCAGCACCGAUGGUGGUCUAAACAGCAACGGGUCAUCAUCAGCUACUGCUACUGUGACCAAGAAUUCUAGAAACGGAUGGUUCAAGAACAGCGAAUCGUCAUCAGGAGGAAGUGCUAUUGCCGCAGUCGCUCUUGCUGCCACUGCUACACUUGGUCAGCCAGGCGGUAACAAUGCCCAUCUCCGAGGAUCUAACUCGUCACUCUCUUCUGGAUCCACUGUUGUCGGCAAUGGAAGUGCACAUCUCACCAACACUGCUGGUUCUACCACCACCAACACCAAUGUCAACGGUGAACCAGAGUUGAUGGGAGCAUCAAUUGAAUGGCGAGUGGCCUUUGAAGGAAACAAAAUACCCGUUAUUGUCACCCGAUGUAUCGAAGAAGUCGAGGCUCGAGGUAUGACUUUUGAAGGAAUCUACCGUAAAUCCGGAGCCAAAUCGCAAGUGACUGCUAUUGAAGAAGCCUUCGCCAAAACCAUCGAAGGCGAUUUCAACGAGGAGCUUUCUGGAGAUAUCAGCGGAGUCACCAGUGCACUCAAGCAGUAUCUUCGUUACCUCCCCGUGCCAUUAAUCACGUUUGAUGCCUAUGACGAGUACAUUAAAGCCCCUUUUGCCAGUUCUGACGACAAGAAAAUCGAUGCUCUACGGUCAGUAGUGACUUCACUGCCACCUUCUCACCGUGACUGUCUCGAGUUCGUGGUUCGUCACCUGCUCAAAGUGUCGCAAUUCGCGUCCCAAAACCUCAUGACCACGCGAAACAUCGCCGUCGUCUUCGCACCAACCCUCGCUCGCGACCUCAGUGGCCAACGCGAAAUCAUCGACAUGCAAGCCCGCAAUGACAGCACCCAGCUCCUCAUCGACAAAUGCGACGCCAUCUUCACCACGAGCUUCUAA